AUGUCCGCGGAUCUGCUAGCGGAGUUCGGUCAGUCUGCCCCGGAAACUAGGUCUUCUGGUCAGCAGUCAUCGCAACAUAGAAAAGCUGCCUUUUUCGAUGACGACGUUGAUUUCUUCGGGUCAUCAGGCAAUGUGCAGCAUAAUAAACCCCCCAAUGCCACCUCGGGGGCAUCCGGUCAAUUUACAGCCCCAGCAGCCUGGGGCACCGGUCAACAACAAAUUGACCUUCCCUUGGAUCCACAUAGCGAUGUUCUAUUCGAUGCAACAUUUGAUGCACCGGCAAGUGAUACGGAGGACGACUGGGGGGAAUUUGAGGGCCCGGAGUCAAACACGCAAGAUGCCCAUACAACAACUUCUUUGCAUCAAUCCAGAACAGCUAGCUCUGCAACACUACAGCCUCGACGAGAUGAUGCAGUGGUCUCUGAAACAAAUGACUUGCUUGAUUUACUCUCAAUGCAAGACUCGGCACCAUCUGUGAAACAUCCGUCAAAAUUUGCCGAAAAGGAUCCUACAAGUAACCAAAACCAGCCAGCAUGGGAGGAUGAUUCGUUUGGCGACUGGGGCGAUUUCGCCAACUCCCCUGUUAGCCUACCUCCUCGCAAGACUGAUGAAAAGAAAACAAAAUCUCUUACAAACAUACCUCAAAAAUUGCCUUCGAAGACCACUCCACCGCCGCCAUCCAAGUGGGAUGACGAUUCCUUUGACGAUUGGGGUGAUUUUACAGAUGGGCCCAGUGUGAGAACUGUGCCCAAACCCACGACCACCCCACCAUCGGCAACCCCUCGUCCAGCUGUCAGUAGCUUUGUGUCGGGGUCCGCAGCUCCUGCAGCUCCUGCAGCCACCGUGCGUCCAACGAAUAUCCCACCACCUUCUGUUCUCCUUGAAUUAUUCUUGGAUGUGUUUGAGAAUCUCCAAAAGGAGGCUGCUUCGGCAAAAUCCCAGCUGCGAUCGUCUGGCACAGUGUCUUCUUCAUCCUCCAGUAACGUCUCAUCAACGGCCUCCAAAAUUCACAAUGUACUUCAAUCAGCAGCACGAGUAAUAGCUGGGCGAAGGCUCCGCUGGAAGCGUGAUACAAUUCUCAGCCAAAGCAUGCGAAUCGGCCCUGCCCGUUCCGGCAAAACCGGUGGCAUGAAACUCAACAGCGUCAACAAGCAAGAAAACAUUAAAGAGGAACAGGAUGCUAUUGAUGUGCUGAGUGCUUGGCGGGACCGGGCGGCAAUCUUUAAUGUUGUUCUUCAAGCCGCAGGCCAGCGGCCGAUCCCUCCGAUCCAAGAUCCCAGCGCGCUCAAGGUUGUAACCGCUCGGGCAGAUCAGGGGGCCAUGAAGGCUACACAUCCAUGUGCGCUAUGUUCGCUGAAGCGAGAUGAGCGCGUAUUGCGGGUGGAUGAACAGAAUGUUCAAGAUAGCUUCGGGGAAUGGUGGACCGAGCAUUGGGGCCAUACGGCAUGCAGGGAAUAUUGGGAAACGAAUCGAUACCUACUUGGACAGCGUUGA